AUGAGCCAUGUCAAUGCCCCGAAAUCCGCCGCUGCGCUCUACUCCUCCCUGCUCCUGCUCCAGAGCUGCAUCGGCGCUAACGCGUUCCGGCAAGGCAAGUCCGUGCACCACCGGGCCAUCAUCACUUCUUCCGCCUCAUCACCUCCGGACCUCCACCUGAGCACCAAGCUGGUCAUGUUCUACUCCCACUUCGGCGACGUCACGGCCGCACGCGCGGUGUUCGACGGGAUGCCGCACCGGAGCGUCGUGUCCUGGACGGCCAUGGUCUCCGGGUACGCCAAGAACAGCUGGCCCCAGGAGGCGCUGGAGCUGUUCGCGCUCAUGCACCGGUCCGGCGCCAGGCCGAACCAGUUCACGUUCGGGAGCGCGGCGAGGGCGUGCGCGGGCGCCCGCUGCGCGAGGAGCGGGGAGCAGGUGCACGCGUGCGCGGCCAAAGGGAGGCACGCGGGCGACAUGUUUGUGCAGAGCGCGCUCAUGGACAUGCACCUGAGGUGCGGGUCAGUGGGGGACGCGAUGCGACUGUUUGCGGAGAUGGAGAGGAAAGACUUGGUGUCCUGGAAUGCCCUGAUGAGGGGGUUUGUGGAGCGGGAGCAUUGUAGUGAUGCGCUUGGAUUGUUUGCUUCAAUGCUGAGAGAUGGGAUGCUACCUGACCAUUUCACAUUUGGAAGUGCUCUAAAGGCAUGUGGAGCAAUCAGUGUGCUUUUCAAUGUGGAGCUAAUUCACACUUGCAUCAUCAAGCUUGGUUAUUGGGACGAAAAGGUUGCUACUGCAUCACUUAUUGAUUCUUAUGCAAAAUGUCGGAGUUUAAGCAGUGCGAGGGUGAUAUAUGAUUCCAUGUGUGAACCAGACCUUGUGUCAUCUACGGCAUUGAUCAGUGGGUACUCCAUGGAUAGGAACUACAGUGAUGAUGCAAUGAAGCUCUUCUGUAAGAUUCAUCGAAAGGGCUUAAGAAUUGAUGGUAUUCUGUUAAGCUCCUUGCUUGGUGUUUGUGCUAAUGUAGCAUCAGUAAAAUUCGGGACACAAAUUCAUGCUUAUAUGCACAAGAAGCAACCAAUGGGUGAUUUGGCACUGGACAAUGCUCUUGUUGACAUGUAUGCAAAGUCAGGAGAAUAUUUGGAUUCCAGACGCGCUUUUGAUGAAAUGCCCAACCGAAAUGUGAUUUCGUGGACUUCACUUAUUACUGCCUGUGCACAACAUGGCUUUGGAGAAGAUGCUGUGACCCUUUUUGCUAGGAUGGAGGAGGAUGGUGUGAAGCCAAAUGAUGUGACAUUCCUUUCUCUUCUAUCAGCAUGCAGCCAUUCUGGUAUGAUGAACAAAGGGAUGGAAUAUUUCACUUCUAUGAUGAGCAAGUAUGAUAUUGAUCCAAGAGCCAAGCAUUACAGCUCUGCUAUUGACCUUCUUGCUCGUGGUGGUCAGUUAGAAGAUGCAUGGAUGCUUCUUCAAAAGACGAAUACUGAGUGCAAGUCAUCAAUGUAUGGUGCAAUGCUUGGAGCUUGCAAGGUACAUGGCAACAUGCCUCUUGGAGAAACUGCAGCUAAGAAUCUUUUCAGUAUAGAUCCUGAUAGUUCUGUAAACUAUGCUGUGCUUGCAAACAUGUAUGCAGAAUCAUGUUUAUGGGAGGAUGCUCAGAGAACAAGAAAAUUAUUGGCGGAGACAUCCAAAGGAAAAGAAGUUGGUUUCAGUGUCAUAUAA